AUGAGCUUGCUGUCGGAAGCGGAUUUGGCCGUGCGGCGCAACGACGGGCAACGGCUGCAGGCAUCACUCAGCCAGCAGCCCAGCCUACUCACCUAUAGGGACAGCGGCGGCUUCACGCUGCUGCACACGGCAGCAUUCCUGGGCAGCACAGAUUGCCUGCGGAUCUUGCUGGCGGCUGGCGCCAGCGUAGAGGCGGCCAGCACUGAGGAGGGGGCCACAGCUCUGUUCGUUGCUGCGCUUCAGGGCCAUGAGGACUACGUGCGGGAGCUGCUGGCGGCAGGGGCAAACACUGAGGCGGCUGGCACCAAUGGGGCGAGGCCGCUGCAUGUUGCCGCCCUGGGAGGCCACCUGGGCUGCCUGCAGCAGCUGCUGGACGCUGGAGCCAACUGCGACGUUGUGGAUGAUGAUGGGACAACGGCAGUAUUGAUGGCAGCCAGGCAGGGGCAUGCAUCAUGCCUGCAGCAGCUGCUGGCAGCUGGGGCCAACUUUGAUGCCGUAGACCGGCAGCUGACAGCCACCAGAUGA